CUGUUUAACUUUGACUCUGAACUCUGAAGCGGUUUGCUUGCUUUGCCUCAACUUUCUAUAUAUUGCCGCUGUUGCAGUGGCAUUAGAACCACUGCAAGUCUUUGUUCAAUUUGGGGAAGCUUUUAAGAACACCAUGAGUGCUUCAAAGUUCAUUAAAUGUGUUACGGUUGAAGAUGGAGCUUUUGGCAAAACCCGUAUGCUCAUUUGUUACACCAGCAACAGGUUCCCAUCUGAUUAUAUACCGACCGUGUUUGACGAUUUCAGUGCCAAUGUGGCUGUGGAUGGGAGCAUUGUUAAUUUGGGUUUAUGGGAUACCACAGUAUUUCUUCUUUGGCUGCUUGCUGGGAUUUUUUAUGAUGGGUUUUCAUUGAUUCUCCAUCUCUGAUUCGUUUUUUGCCUU